UGUGGCUGCAGCCCUCCCUCGAACCAGCCCGCCUACGCCCACACGUCGCUCCCUCCGGCGCAUCGCGAGCCCCCCGCCCGGUGCAGCCCGACCAUGACGAGGAACGAAACGGUAGGCCGCCAUGGGUCCACCGAGAGCUCCGCGAGCUGGCGAUCGGUCCGGUCCAACGAGACAGUGCGACCUUUUGGCGGGCGCGGCUCUCUGCGCGGAACUCCCGUCACCGUGCAGACCUCCGAGGAUCCCAACUUUCUGAUAGAAAAGGAGUCUGAGAUCUCGCCGGGGACCGUUCCACCAGCUCCUCCCCCCAAGGACCCGGGCCACAAACCCCGAAAGACGUCGACGUGGGACAGUCCGCUUACAACCGACUACCGCGACUUCCGAGACCACCGAAAACAGCUGGCUGUGCUGGAGACGUCUGGAGGUCGCAUACCCUCAAUAUCGCGCAAUCCACCCACCGCUACCUCGCCGACGCCGCCGUGGGCUUCGGCGGGAGCGAAUGGUUCAUCCAUGGCUGCCAGCGUCUGGGGCAGCUUUUUCAACGACUCCAACGAAGACAUUACGCAGCUGUCGCCGAGACUGACGCGUCCGGGAAGCCAGGAUGACGGCAUGGGGUUUCCGAGAGAUGACCGGCGGCCGUCCAUGGCGAGCGCUACCACGGUGAGCAGUACGGGCUCCAAGUCGAGCGGAACCCGCGCGGGGUACCACAAGCGGCUGCAAAAUGUUUUUGGUGAAGAUUUCCCCCAGGAUUCACGCCAGAAUUCGGAUACGAGUCUGCCGGCGCCGUAUGUGACCGAGUCACAAUCGCUCCGCGCAGGGCGGAAACGCGCAAAUUCGCACAACAACACGAUCGGGAGCAGCUUCAACAGUCGCCCCAAUUCGCCUAUUGGCUCGCGGCCGCGGACGCCCUUGCCUUCAUCAGAAGUAACGCCGUGGGAGUACCAGGACUACAAGCAGGACCUCUCCUCGCAAGGCGAAAACGGUCGUCCCUCUGCCGACCAGCAAUCCAUCAAGUCAAACAAAGGCUCCCAUCACCACCACAAACUGAAGUUUCCGGGACAUCGUCACAACCGAAGCAAGGAAGACAACAAGUCGUCCGAGACCCCGGCACGUGCCGCCAUUAGCCAACCGUAUCCCAUGCGGCCUGCCACCAGUCGCGAAGAAUCUACUUACAGCAUUCGGCAAGAACAGCAGCAGCAGUUUGCAUCCAAGACCAAUUUGGUUCCGCGCGCCCCAAGCCCGACGCCCAGCGCAUACAGUGCAGCGUCCAGAGAUCCAACGUCACAAAGGUCCCCGAGCACCGCGAAGGGCCCACGUGGUUUCCUGGACCGCCUCAAGGGCAGGGGAAAACCAGACCGGCAACCUCAAGAAAACCUCCGCGAUCUUCCGUCUUCCCAAGUCUCGCUGCAGCCUUCUAUCCAGUCCGCCAAGGGCCUGCCAACGGACCCAAUGGCGGGACCGUUCGGUUCCAAAAAUCGAAAGGUGACGGACAAUUUCAAGGAUAAGGCUGCACGGGAUGGCAACGGAAAACACAGAGGUUUCCCAAUUCCGAGGCCAGGCCAUAGGAAACAGACUGCCCCUGCUCCCGUGGAGCAGCAGCAGCCUACUGGAAAAGAUCCCAAUGAAGCAAGCACAGACACGACCAAGAAUGACGCCAUGUGGUUCCUUGAUACUAACCUGGAAUCCAUGGAAGGCAUCGUUAACACUCAGCAUCAGCCCUUGGCGACGCCGAUUGGUGAGACCGUGCCGACCACCUCUUUGAGAGCAGAUGAUAUUCAAAGUGAGUCCAAAGACGAUGCGAAGUGGGAUAUCCCUGAAUCUUGGGGUGUUGUCACACAAGAAGGUAGGGGUGGUUCCCCACAUGCAGAGCUCGAUGAGGCAGAAGCUAUGUCCAAGGAAGAAGAUGGCAAUAGGACGUAUUGCGUCCGCAUAUUCAGAGUGGACUCGACCUUCGCAACACUAUCCGCCACUCUGAACACGACGGUCUCCGAGAUAAUUCAGAUAUUGGGGAAAAAGACAUUGCUACAAGAUGAACUGAACAACUACCAUAUCGUAAUGCGCAAACACGAUACAUCGCGGCAACUCGACGCGAAAGAACGACCCCUGUUGAUACAAAAACGACUACUGGAACAAGCUGGCUACACUGAUUCAGAUCGUCUCGAAGAUCUUGGACGUGAAGACAACAGCUAUCUUUGCCGAUUUACGUUCAUCCCGGCGAAAUUGAGCGGAUAUUCUAGCCUUGGGAAGGACCCAGGCUUCACCAAGAUGCAGAAGUUCAGCCACAUCGACCUACAGGGACGUAACUUGAUCACAAUACCCAUCGCGCUUUACCAAAAGGCUACAGAGAUAAUAUCUCUCAAUCUUUCACGGAAUCUGUCCUUGGCUGUACCUAGAGAUUUCAUACAGGCGUGCACCAAUCUUCGGGAGAUCAAGUACACGAGCAAUGAGGCACGGCGACUGCCUGCGAGUCUGAGCCUCGCGAGCCGCCUGACCAUGCUGGAUAUAUCCAACAAUCGCUUGAAGGAUCUUGAAGAGGUGCAACUGCACAGGCUACAGAGUCUCCAAGGAUUGAGGCUCUCGAACAACAGAUUAACGAGAUUGCCGGCUUAUUUCGGUCAAUACCGGGCUUUGAGGAGUCUCAACCUAAGCUCGAAUUCACUCCACGAAUUUCCGGAUUUCUUGUGCGAUGUACGAACGCUUGUAGACCUCGAUAUCAGCUUCAACUCCAUAAGCAGUUUGCCAAAGAUUGGCCAGCUCACUUGCCUGGAACGACUAUGGGCCACGAACAACAAGCUCUCCGGUAGCUUCCCGCCAUCCCUGUGCAACCUUGUCAACCUAAGGGAGAUCGACGUUCGGUUCAACGCACUCAACAGCAUGGAUGUCAUGUCUCAACUGCCGCGAUUGGAAUACCUCAUGAUUGGCCACAAUUCGAUAUCCUCUUUUGAAGGCCAUUUCCCAAAGAUAAGAGUCUUGCACAUGAAUCACAAUCCGCUAACUCGAUUCGGUAUGCUCCAGUCUGUACCUUCGCUGUCUGUGCUCAACCUUGCCUCCGCGAAAUUGGCUGCAUUACCCGAGGAGCUGUUCCCUAGAAUUACUGGACUAACAAAGCUGAUUCUGGACAAGAACCACUUCAGUGCACUCUCGGUGAGCAUCGGCAGACUGAUUAGAUUGGAGCACCUGAGUGUAGCUCGCAAUUCGCUGGAUGAGCUGCCGACUGAAAUUGGGCGCUUGGCCGAACUGAAAUAUCUAGACGUACGAGAGAACAACUUGGGACGACUACCUCCAGAGAUAUGGUACGCACGCCGCUUGGAGACGCUCAAUGUGUCCUCCAACGUGCUUGACGGAUUUCCAAAGCCAAGCGCUGCUCCUCCACCUGCUGCACUUAAUGGGGACAGCAACCUGGAAGGUGCGACGCCAGCCUCAACGCCCGGUCUGGGAACGAGCCCAAGCUACGAAGAACUGGGAAAACUAGAAGACUUUCAGAAUCGUCGCCCUAGCCAGGCUUCAGCGGGCUACCUUGGCUCGGCUACGUCAUCCGCGUCUAACCAACGCAAGGGUUCAAUGGCGUCGUAUGGCUCUGCUAGCACCUCGAACACGGCGCGAAAACCAUCGGUCGUGUCACGAACACCAACUGAGGGAACCCAAACCCCGGUCUCCCGCAAAGAUUCCAGCCUUUCUAACAGGAUGGUAACAACGUUCGCGGGAUCUUUACGGCAUCUUUUCUUGGCCGAUAAUCGACUUGAGGAUAACGUAUUCGAUGAAUUGUGCCUGCUACCCGAAUUGCGGAUCGUAAACCUAUCAUACAACCUUAUCUACGAUGUGCCCCCACGUACGAUUCGGCGAUGGCAGCAUCUGGCCGAGCUAUAUUUGUCUGGAAAUGAUCUGACAUCGUUACCAGCUGAGGAUCUAGAAGAAGUCAGCUCGCUCAAGGUACUGCACAUCAACAGCAACAAGUUCCAGGUUCUUCCGGCAGAGUUGGGUAAGGUGGCUAAGUUGGCUAUUCUCGAUGUUGCCAGCAAUGCUUUGAAGUACAAUGUCUCGAACUGGCCCUACGAUUGGAAUUGGAACUGGAAUCACAACCUAAAAUACCUCAACCUCUCUGGCAACAAGCGUCUAGAAAUCAAGCCAAGCGGUGACUACAUGCGCCGCGGAGAAGCUCGCGACCUCACGGACUUCACUUCCCUCACAAACUUGAGGGUGCUUGGUCUGAUGGAUGUCACAAUGAUGGUACCUUCAGUGCCCGAACAAUCCGAAGACCGAAGAGUCCGAACUGCCGGUUCGGCUGUGGGCACCAUGGCGUAUGGUAUGGCGGACAGCCUUGGAAGAAGUGAACAUAUUUCCACAAUGGACAUGGUGAUCCCUCGUUUCCGAAGCAACGAUAACGAACAGAUACUUGGUCUCUUCGAUGGUCAAGCCCUUGCUGGUGGCGGUUCAAAGAUUGCGAAAUACCUUUACGACAACUUCAAGAUCCGCUUCGCAGAGGAACUAGGAAAGCUACGUCCCCAAGAGAGUCCAGUGGAUGCUCUUCGUCGUACUUAUCUGGGCCUCAACAAGGAAUUAUCCCUUGCGGCGCACCAAGGUAUGGAAAAGAAUGCCGGACUUGUCUCUGCACAGCCACGUGGUUCAGUGCCCGAUCUUGGUGAAGAGGACCUUACUUCGGGAUGUGUCGCAACGGUUGUAUAUCUCAAGGAGAUGGAGCUCUACCUUUCAAACGUCGGCGACGCUCAGGCGCUUCUAAUCCAAACGAACGGCGACAAGAAGAUUCUGACUCGAAAACACGACCCUGCGGAAACAUCUGAGCGGGCAAGGAUACGUGAAGCUGGUGGGUUCGUCUCCCGGCAGGGAAAGCUGAACGAUGUCCUCGAAGUUUCGCGAGCCUUUGGCUACGUACACAUGUCACCCUCCGUUGUCGCUUCGCCGCAUAUUGCUCACAUCACGUUGAGUGAUACUGAUGAGAUGAUUCUCAUUGCGUCCCGAGAACUCUGGGAAUACCUCACUCCAGAUUUCGCUGUCGACGUUGCUCGGUCUGAACGGGAUGACCUUAUGCGUGCGGCUCAGAAGCUUCGCGACCUCGCUAUCGCGUUCGGUGCAACAGACAAAAUCAUGGUCAUGUUGCUGGGAGUGAGCGACUUAAAGAGCAAGCAAAGAGCGAAAUACCGGACGCCAAGCAUGUCGAUGGGACCCAGCGGGUCGCCUGACGAUUUUUUCUUGCGUCCCAAAGGCAAGCGCGCACGCAACUUGCCGAACGACUCGAAACUGGCUCGUUUGGAUAACGAAGUCGAUGCACCAACUGGUGAAGUGAGCUUGGUGUUCACUGAUAUCAAGAGCUCUACACUCCUAUGGGAAACAUAUCCGAUCGCAAUGAGAUCAGCGAUUAAAAUGCACAACGAGGUGAUGCGUCGGCAUCUGCGUAUCAUUGGCGGCUAUGAAGUCAAGACUGAAGGUGACGCCUUUAUGGUGGCCUUCCCAACUGUCACGUCGGCUCUCCUAUGGUGCUUCACCAUCCAGAGCCAACUCCUCGAAGUGCCCUGGCCUCAAGAGAUCCUCAACAGUGUGAAUGGGCAAGAAGUCGUCGACCCCAACGGCAACGUCAUCUUCCGUGGUCUGUCUGUCCGUAUGGGUAUUCACUGGGGAACUCCAGUGUGCGAAGUCGAUCCAGUCACAAAGCGUAUGGAUUACUUUGGCCCGAUGGUAAACCGAGCUUCCCGUAUCUCGUCUGUUGCCGAUGGCGGCCAGAUCACUGUGUCGUCGGAUUUCAUUGCAGAAAUUCAACGGCUUCUCGAGACCCACAUCGAAGGGGAUCGAAGCAACUCGACAGGUUCAGAGGAGCAAUUCGGAGAUGAUCAAUUAUCCCAGGCGAUCCGCCAAGAGCUACGGUCACUAAGUAGCCAGGGUUUCGAGGUGAAGGAUCUAGGCGAACGUCGCUUGAAGGGUCUUGAGAACCCCGAAUAUAUCUACCUGAUGUACCCACACUCCCUCGCCAGCCGUCUCGAUGUCCAACGGCAGCUAGAGCAGAAGGCAGCGCAACAGCCCACCCAAGGAGCCGGACAGAAGAUGCCAGGUAGCCAGCUUACUAUUGACACUGAGAACGUCUGGGAUCUCUGGAACGUUAGCCUUCGGUUGGAAAUGCUGUGCAGUACGUUGGAGAAUCCCGAUUCCCACGAACUGAAGCCGCCAGAAACUGCUCUGCUGGAGAGAAUGAAGAACAGAGGGGGCGAGAUUACGGAUAGAUUCUUGAUCAACUUCGUUGAGCACCAGAUCUCGAGAAUUGAGACAUGUGCAACUACCUUGGCAAUUCGACACAUGGUCCGGCCUUUCGGCCAAGCCCCGCUCUUGCAACAAGCCUGCCCCAUGUCGGACAUUCUCAGCGAGCUGCAACUCCAACUCGCCGAGCUGCAGCAGUUUAAAGACGAGGCAGCUUCGCAGUUUGCCUCGGCAUGAUCCCUACCCCCGCCAUCUUACGACCCUUUACUUAAUCUGCGCCGUAACGCCAUAUAUACCAGCGGCUCCAACGACGUCUACGACCACACA